UGUUUUAUGUGUCAUAUGAUAGGGAAUAAUGUGGGUUAAUAAAAUAUAAAAAAUGGGGAAAUAAUUUUGUGCUUCUGAAAAGUUUUUAAUUUUUAAAAUUAAGUUUGCUGUCGAUUUUUGGAUGUAUGUUUUUUGAAUGUUUUUGAAAUAUAACUUUUGUAUAAUUUGAGCUAAAGGAUUGGUUUAUAUGUUAAAAGAUAGAGGAGAAUGUGAGCUACAAAAUAGUAAAAGAUUGAAUUAUUUGAUAAAUUUUCCGAAAAGUUGUGAAUUUUUAAAGAGAGUUAGGUUGUUCGUGAGGUGGUUGCGCGUUUAUUUAUUCCAGGGAUAUUUUUUAAAUCAAAAUUCACGAUUAAAAUGAAUUUAACUUAGAAAUAAAUUGAUAUUGGGAGAAUUUGACGAAAUAAAAUUUCAAUAUUUUUAAUCUUGGCAAAAUUAAUUUUUUUUUCUAUUUUUCCAAAUAGACGAUUCUAGUACGUUUUUGGCCACAUGAAAAUGCCUUGGCUUUUUAGCUCUAUAUUUUAGUCCAUUUUUUAUGCCGGCCGUCCACUCUCCUUUUUAAGCUUUGUUGGUGCUUAUUUUACAAAGCAUUUCCUUCAAUUAUUUCCUUAUAUUUCCCCUUUUCAAUCUUUCAAUUGUUAGUUAGUGCCUUGUGUCCAUCAUUUCCGCCGGCUGCUUUUUCUAGCUUCA